GGAAGUGCGUCUCCCAGUAUUUGCUCCGGGUCGAGCAGAUCAGGGUAGAGUAGCACAGAGGGUGGAGUAUGAGUUCACUAAGAUACGGAUAGUGUUUUGAGAUUAAAGCGAGUGAGAAAGCAUGCUCAUGUAAUCCAGGACACGGAGCCGGUGCGGGAGCUGGCGGAUGUGGAGCAGCGCGCGCUGAACCGCGGCUUAUGGCGGGACUCUCGUGCCUGGUGCUCCGCUUUUCGGGCUCCGCAGGUCGGACCUACGGCGUGUUUUCUAAAGGACUAACGAGGACUUUGUUGAUCUUUUUUGAUCUGGCGUGGCGUCUCCGCAUCCGAUUCCCGUAUCUCUACCUCAUCGCCUCCAUGAUGUUUAACGUGCGCUUACAGGUUCACAUUGAGAUACAUUAAUUCGCGAUCUUCCGUUAACUGAAGUGUCAUCAUCUCUGGACCAGAAGGCUCAUAUGCUGCUGCUGCUGCUUCAGAAGUCAGCUGAGGCCAAAAGGAUCCCCAGUACUGGAAGAACUAUGGACACAUACACAGAGGCAAAGCUGAAAACGUACCUACACUGUUUCCCCACAGGAUAGUGUACAGAAGACGCUCUAGUAGCUCCACAAAAAAAUGGGAGUCUUGUGGGAUUUUACAGCCGGGCAUCUCAUACAGCGGCUCGCUGCUGACGGCCGUGGAUUUGGAAUGGAAAUAUUUGAGUAUUUGAAUAUAAUAGUGUGUUCUGUAACACAAUAAAGUAAAUGUUGGACAUUUCAGGGAGAUGUUACAACCUUGGCUCACUUGUAACAAUCACAAAAGUGACCAGUUUUGGUUUAGGGAAAUGUUUAUUGCCUUUUUUUUUAAUAGGUCCACUACAGCUCUGAGAUGAGUUCGCCUCUUAAUUAUAGAGGCUUUAUCACUGUUGCAAGAUGCACACAUACUCUCACAUGCUCAGUUUGUAAAAGGUCAGGGGAGUUUUUGUUGAUUUGGUUAUGUAGCACUUGACUGAUCUCGCACUUUCGCCGCAUGCCACUGAAUGUGCUGAUUACAGACAGUAAUGACUUCUUCUUGUUUACCACUUAGUUUAUAAUAGAGCCUCUCAUGGGACAUGGUUUUUAAAUGUACAUAAGGUAACAUCAGAUUUGUGGGUUGUUGUUUUGUUUUGGGUUUUUUUUCAGCACAAAUGGCAUUUUUCUUUUUUUGGGAUUAGUUAAGCAAAAUGUUAUGGCCUAUAUCCUGCAGUAGCCUAUAAUUUACAUUGAAACACACCUUCAUAAUUACCAAAGGAUAUUGGCACAUUUUAAAACAAAGAGUCUACUUCGGAUUUUGAUACAAAAGCAUGUCAAGAGGAUAAGUUUUAAUUGUGGAUGCAGAAGAUGAUUCAGGCAAUAGGGUGGCAUGAAAAAAAACUUUAGUUACAGUCCCUAUUCUACCGUUUUACCUCGUGUUGAUGAGAUGGACUGUUUUGGAUGAGUAGUGCUCUGAUGUUUAUUAACUUUUUUUUUUUUCAUUUAUAAUAUUUUUAAAGAAUGCCACAGAACAAUAAUCCCAUCAUUUUGUCUGAUGGGUUCCACUAAUUAUUAGUUUUUAUUUUCUGUAAAUUGCAGUCUUGCCUCCUGCCUGCAAGUCAAUUCAGCUGUUUUUAAACAACAGAAAAUGGUACUUUAAAAUGUCUUUAAAUAUGAUAUGGAUUUUCUUGUUUGUCUUUUGUCAGUGCAUUAUUUUAAAUGUGCAAUUACUUUGAACAGCAAGCAUAAGUAAUGUAAAAAUUAGAAAACAAUAAAAGAAUGAAGAUCAA